AUGAAAGGAGUAAAACCAUCAAAACAAGAUAUUAGAGAACAUCGAUUAUAUGAAGAAAUAACAUUUCACGAUUUUGUAAAUGAGUGCUUACAGGCUAUCAUGUUCUUCCAUUUGAUCAUAAUGGAUUUUAAACUCAAUUUACGAAUCAUUACAGACUCUAUUCAAACCUUAUAAUAGUAAAUUCAACUUCUAAAAGAAUAUUAAUAAAUCAAGUUCGAUUAACCAAAUAGACUUUCAAUAAGUUACACAAGGCAUAAAAGUCUGAAAACUGAGAUAUUUAGAUACUAUAAAAUCAAGUACAAAGUGGCUAUGAACGAUUAAGAAUAAAAAUCUAUUUAUUCUUAUGGCGAUGAUUUGACAUGUUUCUUUCCAAUAUUACCGAAUAGUACUACUUUACAUUUUACUAUUUUGGGCAAAAAGAUAGAUGGAGGAGAGAAAUUUGAAAUUCUGAGCAAAAUAGACAUGGGAUUAGAUGAAGUUCUUGUAUCAUUUGAUUUAAAGACUUACGCAAAGGAAUAAAUCAAACCUUGCAUCUUGACCUUAGACUAUAGAGAUGAAUCUCAAGAUGCUCUCUAUGAGGGUCCGAAUCCUAUCGAAUUAAGAUUUUAGUUACAAAUGCCUUGCGAAUAACGAAUCUAACUGAUGGAAGGAUUAUUAGAUAGACAAAAGAAAGUAGAAGAUUAAUAUAGAGAAUAAAUGCAAUUGAAAAACAACUCCAUACAAUAAAUCAUAGAACCAUUUGAUGAUAUUGUUUAUAUUUAAGGAGAAGAUCUAAAGCAUAGGAAUCAAACUGAAGACAGGGAAUUUUGUUCAGCAUGCUUAAUAUUUUGA